CACAAGUUCUCUUAUCCGAGUUCACUCGUCGGUCGCUUCCCUUCCCACACGUUCGUUCCUUUAUAAUCUCACUCUCUCUCGUCUUCUUUUCUUCUUCUCUCUCUUACUCUCUGACUGGUGCCUGCCAUGAAAAGCAUCGUCUCUAUCACUUCACUCUGCUCAGAUUUCAAUCAGCUCGAAGAGUUUUCCGUUCAAAACCAUCUUCUCAUUGUUUAGCUUCAUAUUAAAAGGGACUCUGAAGAAUUUUAUCUGGGAAUCCGUGGUUUUGGCAUCUGGGCUUUUCUACUUUUCAUUUCUUUCGUCUUUCCUGAAUUAGAGUUCUAACUUCCUCCUCCUCUUAUGAACUGCUGCUGAUGUUGGAUGCUUUUCGAUUUGUUUCUUAGCUUCCUAUAGCAAGGUACAAAUGACAUAGUUUCCUUGCAUUUCAUUUGUUUGGUGAAUGGGUUUGAUGAAACAUUAUGUUUCCAAUAAAUACCUAAUUCUCGUGUAUGUGAAGAAAUUAAUAAAGAAGGGCCUUAUGCUGAGAAACUAGUUUCAGCUAUUCUUAAUGGGUUUGCCUCAUUACCAUUAAAAGAAAAAAAAAAAGCAAGGUUUGCUUACAUCCUACAUAAAUGAGUUUUUCAAUGAAUUUCUGGGGAACUACAUAUAAUUUCUUGUUUGGGAUAAUGUGGAUGAUAUACUUUGAUCACUUGCUUGGUAGCUUGACUUUGGUUGUUUGAAGAUUUGGCCCUGGGUAUUCUGGAAUUGCAUGGCUGGAUUAGCACACCUGGCCCCUGAUUAUUGGGGAUUAGACAUAGAAAACGAUGGAAACGAAUUGGUGAUCAUGAUUCUUGCCAACUCAACAUUCUUUCCUUUUGGCAUCCCACCCCGGGCCCCCCUUUUUUCUUUAUUUUUUUUUAAUGCAUCCUAUAUGAACUGCAAAAUAGAAACAACUAAAUACUUGAAUAAGACACUUCUACAAAAAUAUAACCUUGGUGACUUCUCUUUUCAAUGAAUUGACUGCCUAAUUAGCCUUUCUAAAUGAUGAGGAAGUCAUUACUUGGACUUGAAUUUUACAUGAUUCUUGUAACCAUGAAAAACAUAUGAAGUUUUCUACAUUUUUUUUCCCGGGUAGGUAGAGGGAAGAAACGAUUAUUUACUUGAAUAUGCAUGAUGACACUGUUUAUAUAUUGUGUAUCCACGAAAAAUACCAUGCUACUGAGUCAUACAAACUCAAAAGACCAUUAUAAGUCAUGGAAUCCAUUAAGCCAAACUGAUUUACCCAAGAAUUGACUCAGAAGGUCUAAGGAUAGCUCAGCUCGCUGGAUCAUGAGCAGCUUUCAUGUCCCCAAUCAAAUAGUUCACUUAUGCUCCACAAGCUAUUCUCUGAUAUGGAAUAACAAUUGUAUGUUUCAGAAGUCAUUUUAUGGUUUGCCUGUGUAUUUUCUGCCAAAAAAAUUUGAAUGCUAGGGACUUCUGUCAGAAAAAAAAGCUAAUGUUAUUACUUCAAUCUUCAUAUUGUAAUGGGCAAUCUGUCAACAAUCAUUAAGUGGACAAAGUUAAAAUAUACAUUGGAUAGGUAGGCCUCAAGGAGAGUUGAACUCAUGACCUGUUAUUAUGAGGUAUUGGUCUUUGCCAACUAAGCUACCCCCUUGGGUGGACAAAGGUAAUAUUGAUUUGGGUGCAGGAAGAGGGGAAGGAUUACAGUUAGAAAGUCAUAAGAAGAGCAUGUGUAGGAAUUUUUUUUUCAAUAUUUAUUGAUAAGUUUCUAUAGACCUAUCUCUCCUUUAAUAAGAUACUGAAAAUAUUAGAAUAAUUCUAUUUGCUACUUUUUGAAUGAAUUUCCAUCUUUGUUGCCUGUGUUUAGAAGCAAGGUAACCAUGAAUUCACUUGCAUUCACCAAAUUUUUCCUUGGUCUAUUAGCUGUUGAGGCGGUUUUUCCUGUUUAAGAGCUCUUGAGGCAUAGAAUUCAAACAUCUUGGAUUUCCGUUUGACAUAACAUUCUGGAGGCAAUACGGCAACAGUAUUCUUCAGUUAUUUUUCAUCGAGUUUUUUAGUAACAGAGAUUAUCUGCGUGUACCUCUAGUUUUAGAUAACUCUCAGGUUGCCUUUGGAAGUCAAUCCAUAGCAACAUGGCAGCCACUACAGCUCCAAUCUGUUUCUCCCGUGAUGAAACUUUUAUUCAAUGCACUGAAUCAGCAGCUUCAAGCACUGAAAGGUUCUUCAGAAGAGGGUCCUGGAAUCAGCGUGGUGUGCUUGAGCUGAAACAAUGGCCCGGUAAGAGAGACUCAAGAACUUUCCAGUUGGCAACCUCUCGCAGAAAUUUCUUCCAGAUAGUGUCAAGAACUUUUCCUUCCAUCUGUGGUGGAAGAUCCAGGACUUCUUCGGUAGUUAGUAUUGAUACUGCUACAUGCUUUUCUGAGAUAGAAGAGAAUAUCAAAUCACCUUCAAGGAUAUUGAAUAUCGUGAAGAAGUGGAGGACAGUACAUGUUAUUGCAGUAGCCAGUGUUCUGACAUGCAUUUUCUUGGUUGUUCCAUCAGCAGAAGCUGUUGAUGCACUCAAAACAUGUGCUUGUUUAUUGAAAGAAUGCAGGGUGGAGUUAGCCAAGUGCGUUGCAAACCCAUCUUGUGCAGCCAAUAUUGCAUGUCUACAGACAUGUAAUAAUCGACCUGAUGAAACAGAAUGCCAGAUCAAAUGUGGAGACCUGUUUGAGAACAAUGUUGUGGAUGAGUUCAAUGAAUGUGCAGUCUCCCGCAAGAAAUGUGUACCUCAGAAAUCUGAUGUUGGUGAUUUUCCCAUUCCAGAUCCUGCUUCUCUUGUUAAAAGCUUCAACAUUGGAGAUUUCAGUGGGAAAUGGUAUAUAACGAGUGGUUUAAAUCCAACAUUUGAUGCUUUUGAUUGUCAAUUGCAUGAGUUCCAUACAGAAGCAAACAAACUUGUGGGAAAUUUAUCAUGGCGGAUACGGACUCCGGAUAGUGGCUUUAUCACUAGAUCAGCUGUGCAGAGAUUUGUUCAGGACCCAUCACAACCUGGGAUUCUUUAUAAUCACGACAAUGAGUUUCUUCACUAUCAAGAUGAUUGGUACAUUCUGUCAUCCAAGAUCGAGAAUAAACCAGAGGAUUAUGUAUUUGUAUACUACCGAGGGAAAAAUGAUGCUUGGGAUGGAUAUGGUGGUGCUGUAGUGUACACCAGAAGUGCAGUUUUACCUGACAGUAUAAUCCCUGAACUAGAAAAAGCAGCUAAAAAUGUAGGACGGGACUUCAACAAGUUCAUUAGGACAGAUAACACUUGUGGGCCUGAACCCCCUCUUGUAGAAAGAUUGGAGAAGACAGUCGAGGAAGGAGAGAGGACAAUUGUAAGGGAGGUAGAAGAGAUUGAAGAAGAGGUGGAGAAAACUGAGAUGACAUUGUUUCAGAGAUUGGUAGAAGGGCUUAAGGAGCUUAAGCAGGAUGAAGAGUACUUUUUGAAAGAGCUGAGUGAGGAAGAGAAGGAGAUUUUGGGUGGACUGAAAAUGGAAGCAAGCGAAGCAGAGAAAUUAUUUCGACGUGCAUUACCAUUGAGGAAGCUGAGGUAGGCUGACUAAUUGUAUCAGGUUACAAGCAUUGGAUGGUCAUGUGACAACACCAAGCAUGUAAAGUAUCAAAAUGCUUGAAUUACUAUUGCAUAUUCUCUUAUUUAUUUAUUUUUUCUGUGGAAAAAUAGUGACAGGAUCAGGAUUAAUGAGUUGGGAUAGGAUUUGGAUUUAUAACUUCCUGUCAAUUCAUGUUAAUGACCUGAAAAAGGGCUGUAAAUUCACUGGCUAUAUGAGGGACAUUAAAUCAUCAUGUCUUUGCCAA